AUGAUACCAUGGCGUCCAAAAUCACCAGGUUUUAAAAAAACCUCAUACAAGAGUAACGAAUAUUACAACAUGCAUCAUCACGAUCAUCAUCCUGGUCCACAUUUUUACGGAUCUAGACCAGUUUAUCACAGAAAUCCACCUUUUCCUCAUGGUGGUGAUGACUUUGAUCAAGGUUACGAAGAAGUUAAUCAUGUGCAUAUACCGCACAGCAAGGAUGUCAGUCAUGCGAUAUCAUUUGGAAAAGGAUACGUUCCUUAUGACAGUAUAAAAGGAACAUUUUCAUUCGACAAUGACAAAUACACAGAAAUGAUAGAAUAUGCGAACAAAUUUACCGAACCCAAUCAAGCAUCUACAAGUUAUUCUUCAACAACUGCAUCGGAUUACAAUACUUCACCAACUGGUUACAUGCAAGAAAAUCUUUUCAGUGAUUCUUACUUUUCCGAUGUCAAAAAUAUAGAUCUUCAAGAUAGGAAAAACGAAGAGAUUAAAAAUUACAUACCACGAGCCAUUACUAAUAAUGAAAUUACUCAAACUAGUACGACGAAUGAUAUAUUCGAAAUGAACAAAGAGACAACUGUUAAUAAAAAUCCAACGUUUUACAAAGAUACAGGUUAUCAGGAUAAUAAAGGUGCUGAAGGUGCUGUAAUAUUACCGGCAGGUAUUCCAUCAGCUACGAUUGGUGGUAGCAAGGAGGGUAUUAUUUUUCGCGAUAGCGUUUCUAUGGAUGAUUACAACAGAAAGGUUCAAGUUUUCACGAAAAAUUGGCCCAGUUUGUUGGGUGUUGAUUCUAUUCCUCAAUCAUCGAUUAUGAAUCCAAUAGAUCAAUCUGUUCUUUUACAACAACAACAACAACAACAACAAUUGCAACAACAUCAACAACAACAAUUGAUCAAUCCUUUACCAACACCAGCUGCAUUGAUAGGACCUGGUUAUUCUGCUAUUGGUCCUAAUUGGUUCACCGAAUAUGCUGAAGCUAAAAGAGGUUAUGCAGUUAAAGAAGACCAUAUGGAACCCCAACAUGAUUUUCGUACCAUGCCAAUUCAAACUUCACCUUUUCAGAGUUUCCCAGUUGGGUUGAACCUUGGACAACCUGUUCUGUCUUCAAUAAUUCAUUCACGAUGA